AUGUCUGGGCGCGGGGUUUUGAGGAAGCUGUUUUAUAAAAAGCAGCAUAAUAAGGAUGAGCGGGCAACAGAGAUUGGAAUGCCUACUAACGUCAAGCAACAUAUACAUGUGAGUAAAAAUUCUGAAACGGGAAUGUUAGAGGGUCUUCCUGCUUCAUGGUUAAGGCUUUUAAAUACGCAAAUUACACCUGCGGAACAAAAUGAAAAUCCUGACGCAGCCAUCCAGGCUGUUAAAUUUCAUAUGUACACGAUCAAGAAGGAAAAAGCGCUAGACGAACCGUUCAAACCGUUUGUGACGGAAGAAGCAAUCACCGAAGAGGAUUUAGAGAUAGAAAAGUUAUUAGAUAAGAAAAAUGCCCACCAAAGUCAAGACUCAGAUUUAUCAAUUGGUCAGAGCAGCGAAGAAGAUGUUGCACCUAAUGAUAAGUUCUCCCAAAGGCAAACUAUGCCUGCAGGGCCGAACAAACACAGUAUGAAGAAAAAGGAUGCCAUGAUGGAUUUAACAGCGGUUGUCCAGGACUUGACAUUAAUUGGAAACGAGUCAGAGGAAAGCCCCAUACUAAGAAAGAAAGAAAUGAUGAAUGCUGCACUCACUGAUGAGGAAGUGUAUGAAGAAUUGAAAAGGAUUUGUAAUAAAGAUGAUCCCUAUGUGAGGUUUGAGAGGAUCAAGCAACUUGGCGCUGGUGCUUCAGGUGUUGUAUUCAUCGCUAUAGACAGUAAGGACAAUUCCAGAGUGGCCAUUAAAGAUAUAGACUUGACAAAACAAUCCAAAAAGGAUCUCAUUCUAAACGAAAUCAAUGUUCUGAAAGGGUUCCAUCACAAAAAUCUAGUUAACUUUCUCGACGCCUUUUUGAGCUAUGAUCAUCUAUGGGUUGCCAUGGAAUUACUAGAUGGUGGCUCAUUGACAGAUGUUGUAACAGAGGUUGUCAUGAAAGAAGGUCAAAUUGCAGCCGUAUGCCGUGAGACCCUUCAAGCUGUAGCCUUCCUGCAUUCAAAAGGAACUAUACACAGAGACAUAAAAUCGGACAAUGUGUUACUCGGAAUGGAUGGCACAGUCAAAGUGACUGACUUUGGAUUCUGCGCUAACAUAGUUGGAGACGAAAAGAGACAAACGAUGGUUGGUACUCCAUACUGGAUGGCACCAGAGGUAGUCACUAGAAAGCAGUAUGGUAAGAAGGUAGAUGUGUGGUCUCUAGGCAUAAUGGCAAUUGAAAUGAUUGAAGGAGAGCCUCCAUAUAUGAAAGAAACCCCACUACGAGCUUUGUAUUUGAUAGCGGCUGUUGGUAGACCGAAAAUUCCACGGUGGGAGUCAUUGUCACCAGCGUUUCAAGACUUUUUGGAUAAAUGUCUCCAUGUUGAUGUUGAUUUGAGGGCAACAGCUGAUGAACUCCUAGCACAUCCAUUCCUCGAGUGUGCAAUGGAGUUAAGGACUUUGACUCCAUUGAUAAAAGCUGCACAGAGGAUUCUCCAUAAAAGCUAUGAC